AUGGGAUCCGAAAGCACGUCGCUAGAGUCAUUCUUAGACCAAUUCCCUGUCGAGCCACCCGAUUCUUUGGAACCUUGGUCACUAGCCAGAGAUUUGUGGCUUACUUUUCGUAGCCUAGCAAUGACUUCAUCGGAUCAGUUCAUUCCAACACCGCUUUUGAAGCAGAACAUGUCGACAGGACAUCAGACAGGGAAGUGCCUAGCCGUCGACAUUGGAGGAACAAAUCUCCGAGUAGGCAUCAUCGAAUUUCUCGACACAAGUAAGGAGGGAGAUCAUGAUGGCGUGGCUGAGAGCGGCAAGGAUGCUUCAAAUAGGAGUCGGCUUCAUAAGUCCUUCGAAAAGUCUUGGUAUAUCGACGAAGAUCUUAAAAAGGAACAUCCACAAAAGAUCUUCAACUGGAUUGGAAGUUGCAUUAUUGAUGUGAUGAGCAAUAAAAAGAGUUUCCCGGAAGGCUAUGACGAAGAAUUUCUGCCAGUCGGCAUCACGUUUUCCUUCCCUAUGAUUCAAGAGUCAUUACAGGAAGCUAAAAUAAUGGCACUGUCCAAAGGGUUCACUCUUGCUACUGAUAUGGAUCUGGGGCAUCUUCUAAUCCAAGGCUAUGAGACUCACAGAGUCAAACUUGGUGAUCAGCUGGAAACCAAGUUGCCAGAUUUGAAGAUUGCCGCCAUUGUCAACGAUGCGGUAGCGACCUUUAUUACGGCAAAUUACAACGCCCAAAGCACGUGCGGUAAACCAGUGCCUAUGAGUUUCAUCUGCGCAACAGGCACUAAUGCUACUGUAACCAUGCCGUUGAGCAGCUUUGGGAGCUUUAAACUCCCUCGUCAUAUGGAUCUGGGAGAGCUUUCUUCAAAUUCUACCGAGUUCAUUAUCAACACUGAAUGGGAGAUGAAGGGAGCAUCGGGACCACUCCAAUCUUAUAUAACAAAGUGGGAUUUGCUACUUGACAAAGACCUUCCUAUACCCGGCCAACAGCCGUACGAUUACAUGACUGCCGGGAGAUAUCUUGGCGAGCUGGCUCGUCUAAUGGCGGUCGACUUCUUCACAAGCCAAUGGCAUAUCUCUGAAGUCGACCUACCAUUGCGGCUUCGGCAGCGAAAUUCUUUAGCAACAGCAUUUAUUGGAACCCUUGCCGAGACCACCACAUCUGGUAGUCGUGAUGAAAAAGACCCGAUUGUUGUGAUGUGCGAGACGGAAUUACCGUCUACAUCAAGCAGCAAGUGGAAAUGGGACUAUGAAAGUGCAAAUGUCUUGCGCGAAAUCUCAAUCAGAGUGAGAAAGCGUGCGACAAUGCUAACAGGCAGUGCCAUCAUUGCCAUGCUGCUUUGCAUCAGAGCUCUAAAAUGCGACAAGUUGCUCGAUCCUGAGUUACUUUCGAGCCAUAGCACAGCGCCAUCGAAACAAGUCCAAUCGUCGGAUGCUGAGGCCCUAGCAGAAGAGGAGCCAUUGCUUGUCGGCUAUACGGGCGGAUGUAUCUCGCAUUUCCCAAAGUACUUGGACGAAGUGCAGAGUUGGGUUGAUCGAUUGACAGACGACAUCAAUUCAUCUUCACAAAUCAUCGAAUUUAUACCCGUUGUUGAUGGGGGCAUUCUUGGUGCUGGUAUACUAGCAUGUACGGGAUUGACUACAUAG